UCUUACAUAAUCUACACGACCAGUGUGAAUGGAUAGAGGAUGAAUAAGAACUGCUUGAUCAUUGAUAAUUCAUCCGCAUUGUUCAUGAAUGGGACUACUUUGUGUAGCACAUGAACAAAUUCCUUUGGAUGUGAUUUGGAAUCAAAUAAAGAUGCUACAUGAUUGUCAGAAAUACAUUUAACUUUGGUAGUAGGAUAAACCCGCAACCAAAAAUCAUUACGCCAUACCGUAUAUAUUUGAAAAGAACAUGCGCACAAAUAAAGCGCUGACUGUAAAGAAGACACACUCUUUAAUCCAUGUUAAGCUGUUCUGGUGGUACAAACUAAAUUUACAUAGUUUUACAUAUAUUUGAAGUCAAGGAAAACGUAAUAUCUAACUUAUAUGGUAUAAAUUCUAGUGUUUAAAUUACAUAUUUUCUUAUAUACUGCGUUAACACGAGGACAUUUCUAAGUUUUUUUGGAAUAAGUGAAUACAGUAAACAAAUCAGCAAUGCAUUGGGAUUUUUGGAAUUUUGGAAUUCUGAGGUUCAAAUGAAUAGUGGACUACGCAAGCAUAGCUCAGCAAAUAUGAUCAAACAAUACUGAUUCGUCUGAUAGUAUGAAAAUAAACAAGUAGUAUGGCUUCAGCAGCGCCAUCAACCGAGCGGGUUUAUCUUUUCCGCCUUCUAACUCUAACUGUAGAUUGCGGCACUACAGUCAUUAGGAAAAUAUUCGACCAUAGAUGCUCAAAUUCUCCACUAACGGUGCUCCUAGGUAACGAGAAGAAAACUUUAACUCGCCUAAAAACACAAAAAACAAUUACGAAAGUCCAGUUCGACUUGCUGUAUCCACAAAGUGGUCCGGCUCCAACAUCAGCCGACUUCGACCUUACUCUUUCCAUCUGCUUGCUGAGAAACCUGGGAUCCUGUGGUUUGAAUAGGAAGUUUAACUGGAGUUCUCCGCCUCUCCCAGGGGACAUUUCACUCGAGGCAGAUAUAUGUCGACUUAGAAUGUUUCGAAACGAACUGGCGCAUAUAUCAACAACGACGGGGAUAACGGAAACAUCAUUUCUUAAAAAAUGGGCUGACAUCGAGCAGGCCCUCUACAGACUGAACGCCUCUCUUCCAAAUCCUGUUCAAAAUCUGCAGCAAACCAUUCACGACUAUAAACAUAGUCCUCUAGAUCCCGCAACAGAAGAAAAAGUUCAAAAGGAAAUAGAAAAGUGGCAAAAAAUUGAGAAAGAAUUGGCAACUAAAGUACAACAUGUGCAAGAAAAUAUGCAAGCUGUGACAAAACAGAUUCAUGGCGUACAAGAAAGUGUUGACAUGGUAAAAGGUGAUAUGACUGACAUGAAAGAGGAUAUUGACGCCGUUAAGGAUGACAUGACAGACAUAAAAGAAGAUGUUGAUGUCGUAAAGGUUGAUGUUCAGCAAGUUAAGAACGAACUGGAACUACUAAAAGACACAAAAGGAGGAUCUGAAGAAACAGUAAAAAAGAAAACCCCUAGUGUAUUCGAAAGAUUUUUUUUAAAAAGAGACAUGCGCCGGGAAAUGAAAGACCUGAAAGAGGAUUUGAUUGCUUUCUACAGGCAACAGUAUCAUACCUUGCCUUUAUCACCUUUAAUAGAAGAGCAAGACACUCCUCUACUUGAGUUUUACGUCAUGCCGGACAUAAAUUCAGUGGAAAUUCAGAGGUCGUUUGGAGGUGGCAAUGAAAUUAAAUCAAAGAUCUCCUCCCUGCGCGAUGUCUUCUACAAGAAAAACAAAACGUGUCGUGAAAUUUACCUUACAGCAUAUGCCGGGUUCGGGAAAACUGCAUUUAGUAAACGACUCGCAUUGACGUGGUGUCAAGCAAAAACCCGUAUCAGAAGUGAAAACAAACUCUUUAAGGAGGAAGAUAUUCAUGCUAUGUCAGCGUUCAAAUUUGUGUUCUUGUUGUCAUUACGUGAUUGCUCUGAGGAAUGCGACAUUGAUGAGAUGAUCGUGAAACAAAUAAUUUCACGGCUGGCACAUACUUCUGUAACGUUAAGCAACAUAGAAACUAUUCUUUCUAAGGAAAAAUGCUUGGUAAUUCUGGACGGAUUAGACGAGUGGAUACACCCAACAACCACCUGUAAGCAAGGACCAAGUGACUUUCCGCACAGAAAAGCUAGGGAAUGUACAAUCCUCACAACAACUAGACCGUGGAAGAUGAGUGUUAUCGGUUUAAGUUCGAGUCAAAUAGAUCAAAAGUUGGAACUUGUCGGACUUAAUAUAACGUCUGCAAAAGAGUUAAAGAAAAAUGUGAUGUCACUUCUCAUUGGCGAAACUGACAAAGAUAAACACAUUCAGGACUUUAAUUCCACUGUAGAACAUAAAGAUAUUUUGGAAUUAGAAAGUACUCCACUCUUACUGAUGUAUCUUCUAUGUUUAUGGUGUGACGGAAUAGAUCUAGGAAGGUCUAAAUGUGUGUUAUACUGCCAAAUUGUUGAACUGCUCCUGAAACGAACGUUUAAAAAAUAUCCAGACAUGAAACAGACGCACGAACCUUUACAAAGUGAUAUCCCACAAUGCUUCAGUGAACAUAUGUACUUGAAAAAAUAUUACACACUUCUGGAAGCUUUAGGACAAUUAGCGUUUGAAACAUUAUUCAGUAAAGAACGUGAAAGCACGCUGGUAUUUAGUCAGUCGGUCACUGAAAUGUAUUUAAACAGAGAUGAUUUGAAACUAUGUCUUCUCUCAGGAAUAUUAACCCAAAGUAAAGAAUUGAAAUUAACCAGUCAAAGUUCUAAAGUUUCGUUUUCCCACAAAACUAUACAGGAAUAUUUCUGUGCACUGUACAUUAGUUGUCAAAAUGAAAAUGAUGUCCAAAAUUUAGUCCAACAAAACUUUACCAGUGUACAAAAUAUUCUUGAUAUGUCGAAAGUGUUUGUUUUUAUCAGCGGAAUGAACGCAGAGCUCACGUCUUUAAUAUCACGCGAGUUGAUGUGUGUGAUCAAUGAAGAUCAACUAACGAGAAAAUACAGAUCUAUGACAGAUUACGAUUACAUAUACGUUGAUCCUCUGAAAGACAUACAAAACAUGUACAUUUCUUGUUUGAAAGAGAACCCGGACAAUACUUCUAUUUGUUUCCAGGAUUUUAUUAUCGAUUAUGACUAUCAAAAAGAAAAACACUUCUUGCAUUUAAAAUGGCUAGCAAUACACAAUAAAAUUAAUAUGCAGUCAGUAUUAAUCAGCACAGGUGUUCAAAGUUUACGUGAACUUAUCGAUCAGUGUGAACUCUAUGAUCCUGUCAACAUAAAGAAAAUAUUCUACCAAGGGGAAUAUGAAGAAGCGGAAAUUAUUCGGUUGUUGACAAACAAGUCGUUGGAAUGUGUAACUGUUAUAUCAAGUUCAUGGCAAGGUAAUAACUUUAUUUGGGAACAUAGUUCUUGUUCCAGUGAACUGUCUAAAAGAUUUCAGAAUAUUUCUCAGUUACAAGCAAUUUAUAUUGCUUGUUUCGAGAUGGAACACGGUGUGCUGAAAGACUUUCUGAAUUACAUUAUGAACAGAAAAUCAAUGGCGGAGAUUAGAUUGUACAACCUACACUGUGUCACACACGGUCUUUCCUGCAGAGAAAUUAAUUUAGACUUUUCCCAGCAUUCAGAUCUGAGGUCGUUAGCUUUGAGCUAUAUUCACGUGUCACAAUUAAAAGUGAACGUAUCGUCGUUAGAGGACUGUCUUGUAGGACAUUUAUCUAAACCCGGUCUGGUGACGUCAUACCUGAGAGAGCUUCCAGCAGCCAGUAAUCUACACACAUUUAGAUGUAAUUCUCUGAAAUCUUCUGGUGACAUUGAAACAAUGCUGCAGACAUUACCAUUGUUAGUUCAAGUGAAACGCGUUAAGUUGUUUAAUAUCACCCUAGGUGAAAGGUCAAUGUCACUGUCACCCGAAAUGGUAAAUAUUAAAGAUGUUUUCUUGAAGAAGGUAUCAAUGUCUUGUUCAUCAUUACGUAAUCUAGUAAAGGUAGUAGAGAAACUGCCACAGUCAGUGACAGUAAGAAUGCGAGAUUGUAACAUAACACCGGAAAGAAAAUUUUCAUACCUUAAAAAGUAUAUAAAAACAUCGGAGAAUUUCGUAGUCACGUUUGAUGACAUCACUCGGGUCAACGAGUCCAAGUUUGUGUUUCAAACAACUGAAGCUAGAAGUCGAGUACAUUAAGUAACCUGACUGACACUAUAAACAUUGUUUAUUAAAUACAUGUUGCAUGAAACGUAACUGAGUGACAUGUGACAGGUUUAUUCUAUCGGAAAAAGUGUGUAAAUAAUUUAGAUAUAUAGAGUUUGUUACUAAACUUAUGUUCCAGUGGAUUUGUCUAGAAACGAACACGAAGUAUACAACCAAAUAGUCAAACUACGACUACGAUUCUUUAAUAGGUCUUACCAUGACGAUUUUGAUAACAAAAUUUGUCAUUUCUUUUCAAAAUUAUGGACUGCUUCAAGAUACAUGCGGAGUUCAUUUAAAAUGUAUAAUACACAGACAAUACAUGCAUCUAGUUCCUGCAACCCUAUAAAUUACCCUACUGUUUUUAAAAGACUGACAAUUUUAUCUUAAAAAUAUGAUUUAGAAUGCCUCUAACAAUUGUAAUGGACUAUAAAUAUAAAUGUUUCACGGAGAAAUCGUGUCCAAUUUCCCUAAAAUAUCAUAAAGGAUACUUCAUGUCGUUUCUUUUAAGGGAAUGUUCUUUAUUCCGAUGAUCAUUUUCGACAGAUAUUAUAGAUCCAAUAGCACUACUAGUAUUCAAGUCAGUCAAGAAGUAUUUCAAGAAUAUUUAACGGAUGUUUAUUUUUGCAAAAUAUUAUAUAACUCCAAAUGACCCUGCCCGCUUAGCUCAAUAGGGAGAGCGCAGAUCUACGGAUCGUGGGGAUGUGAGUUCGAGCCCUGGGCGCCGCUGUGUUCUCCGUGACGAUCUGAUGAGAGACAUUGUGUCUAAAAUCAUUUAUCCUCCACCGCUAAUUCGUGUGCCGAAUUUGUCAGUUACUUGCGGAGAAAAGGUCUGUACUCGUACAGAAUCCAGGAACACUGGUUAGGUUAACUGCCCGCUGUUCAUAAUUGAAAUACUGUUGAAAACGGAGUUAAGCCCAAAACAAACAAACAAACACCCUCAAAUGAAAUCUAAACCACAAUGCUUCCCUGAAAUGUCUUACUUUUUUCUAACUGUAUUUGAUAAAAGCGUUAUCGGGCCAAACUUCAUAAAAAUUUCUUUCUUCAAAGAACAUUACGUUUUUGAAUAAUUUGACUACCGGGCCUGGUAUUAUGCUAUUUAAUUGACCUGUCAAAACAUGUUCCUGGCUUUCAUGUUAAUCUUAUAUAGGAUCGAACAGAAUAUAAUAAAAGCCGGGUCCAUUUUUUGACAGGUCAAAUAAAUUGGACAAUAAUUACUGUACAAAAUACAAUCGCAGCCAUUUAAACAAUUCGAGCAUGAAGUUUUGUUACAUUAAAUGGAUAUUAUUAUGCCAGUAAUGACCUUCUUUUAGGGGUUUUAGCAUGCUUGCACCUUAAGCCUGACAAUAGACCAACAGCAAAUGGCACAUUUUAUAUCGUUGAUAAAUGUUGUAAAACCUUGCUAGACCCCUCGUGAGAGUAUAUGAUGGAAUGCCUCUCUAAACAUUUUGCGGUCAGUUUCCACGAGUCAGUUGCACAGCUUUUUCUUUUUCAUAUGAAAUAUUUUCUACAUUUUAAAUAGCGUUUCGGAUACAUGAGGUUAGGUAAAGCAAUUUGGGCACUCGACAGCAAUCUAAAAGGCCCUUAAAACGUAGAACUCAGCGAGACACAUAGUUCCAAGCGGGAGUAGGUACAGAAGGUGUCCCCUCCACUCGUGUUAGUGGGGAGUCAGGUGGCCUCCUCCUGGAAAGUUUUGAAAUGUCUGUAUGAAAUGGUGGCCUAUGUUGCAUUUUUUGGAAAUUGAGAGACACAGUAGGUGAUACUCCCAUCAUUUAAGGGGUCAAGGUUCUCCCCCUAGAAACAACUGAAAUAUAGGUAUGAAAUGGUGAAUUCUUGUGCAUGUUAGUCUGAAUUAUUAGGUACGGAAGGGGUAUUCCAAUAAUUUUAGGAGUCAGGGUUUCUCCUCUUGCAAAAUUUUGAGAUCGAGGUAUGAAAUGGAGGCCUUUGGUGCAUUUUUUGGUAGAAUUUUGAGAACAUACUAUUCCUUUGCCAAAAUAGUGUAUUACUUUGUUUUGGGUUUAACGCCGUUUUUUCAACAAUAUUUCAGUCAUGUAACGGCGGGCAGUUAACCUAACCAGUGUUCCUGGAUUGUGUACCAGUACAAACCUGUUCUCCGCAAGUAACUGCCACCUUCCCCACAUGAAUCAGAGGCGGAGGACUAAUGAUUUCAGACACAAUGUCGUUUAUCGAAUAGUAACGGAGAACGUACGCCCAGCCCGAGAACCGAACUCACGACCGUGCAAUCCGUAGACCGACGCUCUACCUACUGAGCUAAGUGGGCGGGUAAGGUACAACUUUAAGAAUAUGUCACUCCUCAGCCAAAUUGAAAUGGGGUUCACGGGCCGGGCCUGGAUCCGGGCGUGCUAAGUGCAAGUUAAACGUUGUAACUUCUGCUCAAACAAUAUGCAUUACUGGGGACGACGUCUUAUGGCCCUUUGGGUAAUUUCAGAAAAAUUUGAAAGCAAAAACAUGAUUAUCAGAUUAAGUCUGUGAAAUGAUUAUUUAAAUGUGCAUUUGUUUAAUAAAUAAUAAAUUCCUUCAUUUUAUCGGAUAAUAGAUAUAAUCAGAAAUUCGGAUGAGUAGUUAUCAAAUAACGAGUACGUAGGUAACUAAUGAAAUACUUUGUUUUAUCAUUCUCAUAUUAGGCAUACUGUGAGUGAUAUAGGUUUGUUAUCUUUUUUAUAAGCAUUCAGCAAAGAAUAAACAAAAUGUGUUUGUUUUGAGUGGAUAUGGAAUACCACAUUGUGAACUAAUAAAGUUUUAACAUUAACACUCUCGCUACCUGCCCGUGAAAAUGUUUAAUUGCAUCACCUCUCAAUGAGAUAUAUUCCAUAUCCACUCAAAACAAACAAAUAUACCUAUUUUGAUUCUAACACGGCAUUAAUUUAAAAAUAUCCGGAACUAUAAUGAACGCGUAACUUUGAUGAACGCAUGUCAUCAAUUCAUUUUAGCGUAAAAAAACACAGGCAAACUACCCGUACUUCCCCAUACAGAACGUCAGUUACAGUUACCACUGUCACCAAAAGGCAUUUUCAUCAAAAAUUUUAUGUCGAUGUCGAUGUUCAUGAAAUUUUAUGAAAAUAUUUAAUUUGAUUAAAUUUUGGUCAAGUUCAAAUAUGGGCCAUGUUAGGCAUGUUAGGAAUGUUAGGCCAAAAACUAGGUCACAUGGUUUCAUCAACGAACAACAUUGUGUAUUCAAUAUGGGCUGCAUGUUUUAGUGGAUCUUCAUGAAAUUUGAUCAAAAGUUUGUCGGGUCACAAACUAGGUCACCCGAUCAAAUCAAAGAAAUACCUUUUGUAAGCGUUAGGGGCUGUUCUUUAGAUUGAAUAUUCAUGAAAUUUGAUCCUGCCGAUCGUUUGGGUGAAAACUAGGUAAAUUUCAAACGUGGGUCAUCUAGGGUCAAAAAAAAAUAGUUCAACCGGUCAAAUCAAAGAAGUACUUUGUUUUAGCUGUUCUCAGGUGAGCGACAAAGGAACAUUUGGCUUUCUUGUUUAUCCUGCUGAUGCAUUAAAGUGAACUUAUAAAAACUAAGUUAUGAAAAAUACUUCAAAUCUUUCUUUUCCAUAAAAAUCACCUGAUAUUUCGUCACGUGAUAACAUGUUAUUUGAAAUCGGGGCUUGUCCAAAUAAAUCGCUGUAAGGAGUGUGAUGUGUGAUUGUUUACAAUAACGUCAUGUCGUCCGUUAGUCAUUUACCGCAAGCCUUUCCCGUAACAGUAUAAAGGUGGCUCCCCUAAGUUUUCAUAUAUAUGUGACGAAUCGUGUUAGAAUAACAAUAAAAUGUUUAAAAUUGGUAAUAUGUAAUACAAUUAACGGCAAAAAGGCGUCAGUCUGGACAGGGGCAAUUUAGGCAUACACACUGACGUUCGUGCGUACAUUAUUCUAAAAUAGGAUAGAAGUAAAAAGUAUAUACAUUUAAAAAUGUGGACAGUCCCAAAAUAAAUGUUAAACAGUUUCUAUAUUCAUGUAGCAGAAAUCACAGAGGGUUGAUGGUACUAAUAAUUUACAUGUAAAGAGAUAUUUAUUGGUUGUAAAUUUCUCAAUAGUGUAUCAAUUAUUGUUGAAUAUGGAAUGCUGUGUACUUAGCUGUUCCCAAUUUAAACUGUCAUUUAUAAAAGUUUUGUUUCAUUUUUUUUUUCAUAUUUACAAGUUCCUAUUUUAUUAUCCUUCAUCUGUAUCUUAUAUAAAAACUGAUUUGGCUUUCACAGCUCUUUAUCUUUAUUUGUUAUAAUGAUUCUUCUCUGUGUUGUGUAAUAAUUCUUUGUUGAGUUUGUUUUUAUAACAUUUAAGGAUGCUUGUUAUUAGUUUACAGUAAUCAAGAAAGUCUUGUUCUUGUAAUCGAUACAGAGCCUUCGUUUCUGUGAAUCUGUAAUAUUAGAGAUGGUACCUAAAAGUUCAAAUUCGUCUUUACAUAUUUUUUCAGAGUGAAAUGAUAGGUAAGGCAUGUAUUAAAUACAUGUAUAUUUAUGGUUUUCCUCCUCUUUAUGUAAAAAUAGAAAUAUUUGAUAUUUAAAAAAAAAUGAUUUUCUGAAAAUAUCUAAAGCAAAAUGGACAAUUCUUGUAUUGAUCGCUUUUCAAUGAUUUCAGGCUUUUCCCAAUUAUAGUCUGUAUCAAAAAUCUCAACAGUUAAAUAAAUUCAGUAGGGUAUAGUAUAAGUUUAGUCAACUUUCAACACUUUGAAAUAGCCUAUCCUGAACUUCCUUUUGUCUUUUAAAAGUCAAAAUCCAAGACUAGCCAAGAGUCUAAAACUAAUGAAAAAAAGUGAGUGAAAGAGAAUUAUUAGUAGCUUAUCAAAACCAUACCAAAGAGAACCUGAGAGAAGUUAUUAAAGAUUUUAUAAUAUAAACAAACCCCUGCGCCAUUUUACCAUCAAUAAUUUCCACUCAUGAAUGCACUCAAUUCAGGAAAUAAUUGUUGAUAUAAUUGUAAAUGAGAGACCCCAACUAAAAGUUGUGUAAACAGUUUAAGUUGUUAAUUAAUGUCUUAUCUGUUACCCGAUUAUUUUGUUUACAACAAUAAAUAAACACCUUAUAGUUUGUUUAAGGUAGCUGACCUGUAACGAAAAUCAUCAAAUAAAGUAAUCUCCACAUCGCUUUUCAGCAUUCAUUCGUUCUUCAUGGAGAGCACAGUGAUCGUGAGAGUUCCACCUGGGAAUGUCUGAGUUAUUAUCUAGUUAUUAUUUAUUAUCUACCAUAAAAUGUUGUAAUUUCUACCACUACCUUAAAAUGUUGUAAUUUCGUUUGAUGACAAUGACUUUUUGUGUAACAUUAUUUGCAGCAAAGUACAUUAUAAACAGCAAGAGAAAUGCUUCAAAAUGACUAAAGCAUAAGAAACACUUUCAAAAUAAUUCAUUGAAAUGAGAAUAUAACCAGUCUAGCUACGUUGUUAAACAAACUUGAUACCAAUUUAACUUCUUUUGUAAUUUCUCUUUGUUGGAUAUAUACAUUUUAUAUUUUAGUAUAUAAAUUUUGUGUAAACCAAUGUAUCAUCAUUGAUGAUUGAGAACAAUAAAUAACUUUGGCUUAAGGAUGUGCGAGCGCUUUUUUUCAGGAUAUCCGCCAUUUUGAAAAAUGUUUCUUCGAAUAUUGCUUUCCAAAAUUGAAUGAUAAAUAAUUAAAAUAUGGUUAAUAAUGUACCAUUUAACCAAAUCAAAUAGAUUCUGAUUUUAACGAAAAAAAAUGUCAACUUAAUUUUUGGCUGGAAUUUGCCUAAAAAUGACGUAUGUUUUACAAUGGGGUAGGGGUAGGUAAUUUCGAAUACCUAUGAAAGUAGACAAGGUUAGAUUUUGAUAAUUUCUUGAUUGAUACAUAUAAUAAUCAGCUAUGAUUGGAAUAAAAAAAUCAAUAUAGUAUUUUAUUAGCCCACCAUCAUCAGAUGGUGGGCUAUUAAAACCAUUCCGUGCCCGCGAAAUGAUGGUUAAGUGACUGCAUAACGGUACUUUCUCUUUGAUGUCAUUCAUUCCGUUCUGUUUAUGUGACUAUUUUUCUUUUUAUGUGACUGUUAGAACAAUAGAGAGAACAAUGGGGGGUCACAUAAAGACCGUUUCGUUAGAACGUCCGUCCGUCCGUCCGUGCGUCCGUUAACAAUUUCUCGUUAUCGUAUCUCCUCAGAAACUACCGGGGGAUUUUGACCAAACUUUGUCAGAAUGAUGUAUUGGUACCCUAGUUAUGUCCCUCUGAAAAUCAGACUGGUUCAACAAUUUGUAAGUGAGUUAUGGCCCUUUGUAUAGUUCUAUAAUUUACAUAGAUUUAUAUAGGGAAAAACUUUAAAAACCUUCUUGUCCAAAACCACAGAGCCUAGGCCUUGAUAUUUUGUAUGAAGCAUCAUCUAGUGGUCCACUACCAAGAUGCUUCAAAUUAUUUCUCUGGGGUCAAAUUGGCUUAUAUAGACUUAUAUAGGGAAAAAUUUUGAAAAACCUCAUGUCCAAAACCACAGGGCCUAGGGCUUUGAUAUUUUGUAUGUGACAUUAUCUAGUGGUCUUCAACUAAGAUUGUUCAAAUUAAAUCCCUAGGGUCAAAUAUGGCUCCGUCUUGGGGGUCAUAUGGUUACCAUAGACUUAUAUAGGGAAAUACUUUGAAAAUCUUCUUGUCCAAACUACAAAGCCCAGGGCUUUGAUACUUGUAAUGUAGCAUCAUCUAGUGGUUCUCUACCAAGUUUGUUCAACUUAUCCCCUUAGGGUCAAAUAUGGCCCCGCCCCAGGGGUCACAUGGUUCAGAUAGACUUAUAUAGGGAAAAGCUUUUAAAAUCUUCUUGUCAAUAACUACAACAUUCAAAUUUAGACCACAUGUAUAUUUUUGAGUGGCAAGAUAAACCUUGACAUGAGUUGACCUUGAUUUUGACCUAGUGAUCUACUUUCACAUUUCUGUAGCUACAGCCUUCAAAUUUGGACCACAUGCAUAGUUUUGUGCAAAAUGAAAUUUGACAUUGAUUUUGAUCUAGUGACCAACUUUCACAUUUCUCAAGCUACAGCUUUCAAAUUUGGACCACAUGCAUAGUUUUGUGUACCAAAACAAACUUUGACCUUGAUAUUGACCUAGUGAUCUGCUUUCACAUUUUUGAAGGUACAGUCUUCAAAUUUAGACCACAUGCAUAGAUUUAUGUUUCGAAAUUAAAUUUGACCUUGAUUUUGACCCAGUGACCUACUUUCACAUUUCCCAAGCUACAGCCUUCAAAUUUGGACCACAUGCAUGGUUUUAUGAACCGAAACAAACUUUGACCGUUACAUUGACCUAGUGACCUUCUUUCACAUUUUUGAAGGUACAAACUUAAAGUUUCGACCACAAGCAUAGUUUCGUAUUCUGAAAUAAACGUUGACCUUGAUUUUGACCUAGUGACCUACUUUCACAUUUCUCAAGCUACAGCCUUCAAAUUUGGACCACAUGCAUAGUUUUGUGUACCGAAACAAACUUUGACCUUUACAUUGAUCUAGUGACCUACUUUCACAUUUUUGAAGGUACAAGCUUCAAAUUUGGACCACAUGCAUAGUUUUGUAUUCAGAAAACAAUUUGACCUUGAUUUUGACCUAGUGACCUACUUUUACAUUUCUCAAGCUACAGCCUUCAAAUUUAUACCACUUGCAUAUUUUUGUGUACCGAAAUGAACUUUGACUUUAAGAUUGACCUACUUUCACAUUUUUUAGCCACAGGCUUCAAAUUUAGACAACAUGCAUAGGAUGGUGUACCUAAACAAACUUUGACCUUGACAUUGACCUAGUGACCUACUUUCACAUUUUUGAAGGUACAGGCUUCAAAUUUGGACCACAUGCAUAGAUUUGUGUUCUGAAGUGAAAUUUGACCCUUGAUUUUGACCUUGUGAUCUACUUUCACAUUUCUUAAGCUACAGCCUUCAAAUUUGGACCACUUGCAUAGUUUUGUAUACCGAAUUAAACUUUUACCUUAAGGUUGAUCUAGUGACCUACUUUCACAUUUCUCAAGCUACAGCUUUCGAAUUUGGACCACAUGCACAGUGUUGUGUACGGAAAUGAAAUUUGACCUUGAGGUAGUCAAGUAAGUCUGGAAAUUUGGAACACUCAAAAAUGGCACAUUGGUGGGCGCCAAGAUCACUCUGUAAUCUCUUGUUUUUUCUAUAUAGAAAAUAUAAAUUAAAUAAAAAGGAACAAAAAUAUCAAACUUAACCAGUUUUUGACAGUUUUUUCUUAAUAAAUCUGCACGGUGACCACAUCUUUUUUCUUUCCAUUUUUAAAAUCUUACCGUUAGAAUUUUUUGAAGAUCUAAAUACAAUUUUUCUAUUAAAAAUAAAGUUGGUUUGGUAAUUAUGUCAACAUGUAAGAAUGAAAAAAAUUUGUUAGUGACAUUUAUGGUUAUAUAAUAUUUACAUUACCUUGUAUUGAUAUUAACCUGUGUGACAUGAAAUCCCUAUAACAUUUAAAAGGAUAUUACAUGUUUUAUAAUGUACCACCAUUUUUUCAAUUUAAAAAAUCAGAAAUGCUUAAACAUUGGGUGAAGAAAAUGCCUUAUAAAAUUAAAACGAGUGCGGUGAACUAUCUUUUUUCUUCUCUUGUUUGUCUUGGAAACUAAUGUUCUUCAAGCUCACAAAGUAUAAAAAAAAUCUUAAGGUUAGAAAAAAUUCGACCCUACAUCCAUAAAGAUCAAAACUUUAUAAUGUUUCUUGAUGUCGUAAAAUUUCUUCAAUGAAAUGUAUGCAUUAUUUUACUUUAUUUUCAUGCACUGCUAAAGCUUCUAUCAGGGCCUCACUACAACUUCUAAAAUAACUGUCAGUGUAAGCCAUGAGAAAAGUGUACAUGUUGUAUAUUGAAUACAAAGAGAUUUAAACAAUGUUGGUCCUAUUUUGUCUGCCUGAUCAGUCUUUACUUUGAACCAUGAAGUAAGGAUAUCUCUUAGGAAAAUGUUACCUUUUGUUUUAUUCUCAAUGUCUUUCGACGUCAUAUUACAUUAAAAAAGAAAUUCAUUUUCCAUUUUAUUUCAUAUUUGUUCAUACAAACAUUUCCAUAAAACUCUGUUUUCAUCUGAAAUAAGUCUUUUGAUCCAGCAUACCUGAGAAACACUGGAUAUUUAUUAAUUUUAGAUCCCCUUUUUCAUAAUAAGUUACUCGUAUACUGUUUUAUUUUCUCUGGCUUAUUCUCUGUAGUUAUGGGUGGAUUUAGUAGAAUUGUAAAAGAGUAUACAAGUUUUUGCAAUGCUAAGUAUUUAACAACUGUUACUUUACCUAGAAGUGUUAGUUUACGAUGCUGCCGUUGUUUUAGGCAAUUUUUAAAUUCUAAAAGUUUAGACUCAAAAGUUUAAUGUAUUAUUCAGUUCAAGAUUUGUGUAGAAUGACAUUCCAAGGAUUUUUGUACAUACUGAUGUCUAAAUAAAAUAGUUGUAUACUGAAAA